GUGAGUGUGUUGGCUAAGUGUGGAGACAGAGUGGAUGGUUGAUGAGACUGUAUGGUGAUGGAGUCGGGAUAAGGGAGGCUUCCCUGGAUGAGUUUCUGUUUAAUCCUGUGAAGGAGGAACUGGACAUCAAUGGAUAGGAUUUCCGACUUGGAUCUUGUGGAGAAAUUAAGCUCAGUGUGUCCCUUCCAGGAUUGUGUUUUGCAAACAGCUGAAAGUUUGAGUUGUGUUUUUGGGUGAUUUUUUAAAAAUGGUUUUGUGUGUGAUUAGGUUUUGAGGAAGUAGUGUUCAAAGCUGAUAAGAGAGCUAUAUAGGAAGAGUCUGUUAACCAAGCUGAUACAGUGAGUCAGUGACACAGUUUCAAAACUGCCGGACAAUUUGGUCGUGGUGGAUGUGAUUCCAAGGAAACAGGUUUCGGAUGAGAGGUUUUCGAGGAUGCUAUUAAAAGUGCUAUCUUGCCUUCCACGUGGGAUUUGUAUAUCAUCACUGGCUAGUUAAGUUAGGAGGCAAACGUGUGUCAUUUAUGUGUGUGGAUUACAUAUCCUUGAUGAGAAAGCCUUCUCUUGACAGUUUGACCUUUGUAAGUGUAUAAGGUUGAACUGGUGCGUUUGUGAAUCUCUGCCCCAGUGAAUGAUCAGAGCUAAUUUUUGAAAAAUCGAUCGAUUUUUUUGCGAUCAAGAUGAGUCGGGUGGACAGCUCGGAAUACCCUGAUGACUAUAUUGAAAUCGUGAAUGAAAUAAAUGACUUUAUCGCAUCUCUCACGGGUUCCCCCGCAGAUGCGAGUGCAAGUAGCGGAACAGGAAGUCAGAUCAGCCAUUGUGAGGAAGCGUGUCGUGACAGCGUUGAGAAUGACUAUGAGCCUAUAGAGUCGAUCAUCCCGCUCCCACAGUACGUGGCCCACUACAACCCCACCCCGCCGCCACCCCCACCAAUCAGGCCCAAGUUCAUCAAGAUGUCAGAGGGCAUGCCGAAACAUGUCAAGGCCGUCCACAAUUUCAAGGGAAGUAACAAUGAUGAGCUCUGUUUCUGCAAGGGCGACAUCAUCACUGUCACCCAGGCUCUGGAGGAGGGAUGGUGGGAAGGCACUCUCAACGGCAAGACAGGAUGGUUCCCCAGCAACUACGUCAAGGAAGUUAAAGCAGCCUGUGUUCCAGAAAUUGCCAUGAGGACGCCUGGAGCCGAGGUGCCGCAGUUCAAGAGAGAGAGCAUGCAGUUGUAUCACAGCGUGGUGCUGAAGAACAUCAUUGAGACGGAGAAGACUCAUGUGUCUGGGAUGUCGCAGAUCCUGCAGACCUAUAUCCUGCCCCUGCAGAACGCUGGCAUAUUGACGCCAGUGGAGUACUGCCAGCUCGUGGGGAACAUUGAGCAGCUGAUUGCAUUCCAACACAACUUCCUUGCGUCACUGGAGGAAUGUGAAAAACUGCCCCCGAUGCAGCGCCGUAUCGGCGGCGUGUUCAUGAAGCACGCGGAGCAGCUGAAGCGGCUGUACAUGGACUACUGCGGCAACCACCCCAAGGCCGUCUCCGUGCUGCAGAUACACAGGGAGGACCUGAGUAGAUUCAUGGAGAGUGUGGGUGCCACACCCCCAGGGGCCAUGACUCUCACCACCAACCUGUCCAAGCCCUUCACUCGACUCGACCGAUACCCCAGUCUGCUGAAGGAGCUGGAGAGGCACAUUGAGGAAAGCCAUCCAGAUCGCGGAGACACGCAAAGGGCCAUAGCAGUGUAUAGAGAUAUAGCUAAUUCGUGUUUGGAAGUGCGUAAGCUGAAGGAAAUGGAGCUUGAGAUUGUGACCAGCACGAUAGCUGGCUGGGAGGGAGAGUCCAUAGCCAGUCUUGGGGAGGUGGUCCAUCUGUCACAGGUGAAGCUCCACAAGCAGACCGGGGAGAAGCACGACCGGAUAUUUGUCCUGUUCCCCAACGUGUUGCUCAUGUUGUCCAUGAGCCCGAGGCUCAGCGGCUACCAGUACGAGGGCAAGCUGCCUCUGAGCGGGAUGACCGUCAACCGGUGUGAGGACCUGGAGGCCUACCCUAACGGUUUCGAGAUCUCCGGUAACAUGAUAGAGAAGAUGGUGGUGACAUGCGGCACCAAGGUGGAGGUGGGGCCGUGGCUGGACACUCUCCGACAGCAGGUCAACCAGACGUAUCAUUCCUCUUCCACCAAACCACAGAGCUUACAGAUCUCGAUCUCCACAUCUCAGCCCAGCAUUAGCACGGUGAAGACCCAGGCCAAGACGGCGCAGGUGAUGCAGUCCCAUGUCCACCACUCCCCCCCUCACCACAAGCCAGUCCACAAGACCUGGAGCAUGUCCUGUCUCCGCCCCUCCCCCCCACUCCGCCCCGCCCUCAUGUGCCGGGACGAGGCACUCAAGAGCCCCAAGGCUAACCGCAAGUCUACAGCCAAGAGGAAACCAGUGCGGACCGGUUCUGGUGACGAUUACGAUGACGCUUGGCAUAGAUAUGACCAGAAGGUGUAUAACGAAGACGCUUUCAUCCUUCAAGUCAUCGAAGCCUACUGCAACAGUGCCAAAACAAGACACACCGUCAACUCCUGUAGGCAAAUCAUGUCAGAGGCGCGAAAACAAAAUAAAGACGUUCUUAGUUCCCCCCACGUUCUCAUUCCGGACCACGAGAAGAUCUUCGAUGAGACGGACUUCCAGGAAAAGACUCUGGUAGAUACUGUCUACUCCCUCAAGGACAAGGUCAAAGAGUUGGAGCAGGAGCAGAAGAAGCUGAAGAAAGACGUGGAGGAUGAACGCAAGGCACGGAGGCGGCUGGAGAACGUUGUCCACAAAUCCAUGGGAAGCAGACUCUUAGACUCGGUGAACACGGAGAGCGUGUCUUGACCUCGGGCCAGCCCUAAGCUCAAUAUCAGUGGUCAGUCUCAUGUGGCCAGUGGGAAAUGAUUGAACUCAGUCUAAAUGUCUAGAUGGAUUUAUGUAUGAACUGUGGAACCUUCUGUCUGAACCUCUGUCGUGUCCUAUCGGAACAGUUGGUCUGAACAUUUAUGUGUUUGAACAUGUAUGUGUUCCCUGUAUGUGGAGAUCGCUGGAACGUUUUCCUCUUUCGAAAAAAUCAGAUUUCUAGCAUCUGGUUGAAUUUUGAAGUCUGAAUUGAUUUUGAUGAAUGAAAUGGGCUGCUAAGUCAUUUGUUCGUGCAUGCAGGACAUGUUGGAAUUGAUCUCCUUCCUGUUCAUGAUGUUCUGUGUCAGUGGAACUCUAGUGAUAGAAACAUUGUGAAAAUUAUUUACAAUUUGAAAUUACGACCAGAAAAAUCAGUCUCAGAAAUGAUAAAUUUGGUGGGUGGAGAAAUGGGUUCAUGAUCUUAUAUUUCACCAGAAAUUUCACUUGACACGGGCUUCUGGCUUGUGGGUAGCUAUUCCAUUGUAAAUUUCAUUGUAAUCAAAACUAAGAUUUAUGGUGGUGAACUUAAGGAUAUUAGGUUUAUCAUCAAACUGCCAAAGAAACUACAAGCCCAAAGUUGUCUUUUGGCAUCAUUUCCAGUAGAAUAUAGCCCUAAUAUAAUGAAAAUACUUAGCUGAGCUUAUUAGAAACAUAUAUAUGUCAUACUCCUCUGCUUUUAGAGUAGUAGGUAGUUUUGGGGAAUAUACUACUCAACUUUUGACAGGGAUCAUAUGACAGAUAUGUCAUUGUAUUUAAAUAUGAUUUGACAUAUGAUGAGGACAGUGUCUGAAACUCAGAACACUAAACUGAGACCCUUAAGGGCCAGCACAUUUGAAAAACUGUAGGCCCUGUGGAAAAACUGUAGGCCCAAUGAAACAACUGUAGGCCCAGUGGAAAAACUGUAGGCCCAGUGGAAAAACUUGGCCCAGUGGAAAAACUGUAGGCCCAAUGAAAAAACUGUAGGCCCAGUGGAAAAACUAGGCCCAGUGGAAAAACUAUAGGCCCAAACAUUGCAGCUGAAGCAGGGAGGAACCCUUGCAAUAUAAAUUACAAAACACAACGAGUCAACCAUAAGCUUUUACUGCUAUCACCCCGAGUUCCCAGAGACUCGGUAAUGACAGAUGAAGCCUACAUCUAUCAGGAAACAUCUUUGCAACUACAUGUCAUACACCAUUUGAAAGGUCUAACCCUACUGUUUGUAAAUGUGAAAGUUAUGUUUAUCACAUUACUUAAAUAAUACUUGAAAAAUAAUUACUAUAAUAAUAAUAAUAAUUAAGUGCAGACCGUAAGGGCCUGCUGAAAUUUAAAACUAUCAGCCCGAGAACAAAUUUCGGUCCUACGGGCAGAUGUCCAUUUCGAAAACACUGGAUGAGAAUCAGGUUUUUUGUGUGUAAAAAUAUCCCUAUCAAAUGUGGAGUAGUGGAUGAAAUAUUUGAUGUGGUGGUAAGAAAUAACUGAAGCAUGUAUCUGACAUGAAAUUUGGUAUGUUCUAAAAGAAGCCCAGAGGUCAUUAGGUGAUGAGGUCAGCAUCUUUGUGGUUUCCGUUGAUGCAAUGUUGCAGCGCUUUAACUUAUAUCUUUUCAUUAGAACAUACAUGGAUUUUUUCUGUUGGGUAUGGCAACCAUGUGGUUUGUUGUGCCUCAUAUUAGAUUUGUUUCGCAAAGAUGUCUGCUGUUUCCUUGCUGUGACGUAAUGUUCUGGGCCCUGUUUCACAAAGAGAUUGUAGCGCUAAGGCUUGCAUAAGUUAGCGUUAAAAUACAGGAGUUGUGACCAUCUUAGCGCUAUGACUUACAUAAGUUAAUGUUAAGGUGUAGGAGUUAGAUUAUCUUAAGGCUAUAACUCUUGUUAAAUCAGUGUCAAGGUAUGGGAUUUAUGGUUGUCUUAGCGCUAUGACUGUCACAUUUCAUAUUUAAGUAUAGGACGUACGAUUGUCUUAGUACUUUGACUGUCGCAUUUCAUAUUUAAGUAUAGGAGUUACAAUUGUCUUAGUGCUUUGACUGUCGCAUUUCAUAUUUAAGUAUAGGACGUACGAUUGUCUUAGUACUUUGACUGUCGCAUUUCAUAUUUAAGUAUAGGAGUUACGGUUGUCUUAGUACUUUGACUGUCGCAUUUCAUAUUUAAGUAUAGGAGUUACGAUUGUCUUAGCACUAUGACUGUCCCAUUUCAUAUUUAAUAAUUGGAGUUACGAUUCUCUUAGUGCCCUGACUGUCGCAUAUCAUAUUCAAAUAUAGGAGUUACGAUUGUCCUAGUGCUUUGACUGUAGCAUUUCAUAUUUAGAUAUAGGAAUUACGAUUGUCUUAGUGCUUUGACUAUCACAUUUCAUAUUUAAAAAUAGGAUUUACGAUUGUCCUAGUGCUUUGACUGUAGCAUUUCAUAUUUAGAUAUAGGAGUUACGAUUGUCUUAGUGCUUUGACUAUCACAUUUCAUAUUUAAAAAUAGGAUUUACGAUUGUCUUAGUGCUUUGACUGUCGUAUUUCAUAUUUAAGUAUAGGUGAUAUGAUUGUCUUAGCACUAUGACUGUCACAUUUCAUUGUUAACGUAUAGGAGUUACUAUUGUCUUAGUGCUUUGACCAUGUUGACUGUCGCAUUUCAUUGCUAAAGUAUAGAAAUUAUUAUUGUCUUAGCGGUAUGACUGACAUUAGUCAAAGUUAAAUUAUGGGAGUUAGAUCAUCUUAGCGGUACCUGUUACAUGUCAAUGUUAAAGUAUAGGAGUUGUGGUCGUCUUAGCGCUGUUUGUCGCUUUGUGGAAAUGGCCCCUGUUUUCAUUCAUGUUAAUCUCAUGUUGAAUGAAACUCAUAUCGAUCUCUCAGUUAACUUCGGGAACAGAUUGUUUUUGCUCAUAUGUUGUUUAUUUGCCCAAAAUUGUAAAUAUGUUUGCCCGGAACAAACACAUGUUUUGUUUGUUGAUUUUUAUGUUACAACAAUCAAAUUCUGUAAAACUUGUUUACCAAAAUAAGAACAGUUAGAUCUGUGUUCUUUGACGAGGUUAUUGCUCUGGUUUAUUCUUCAACAGAACAGAUGGAAUCGUACUUAACAUAAUCUUGUGAUAACUUAGCAAUGUUUCCGUACAGGAAAUCAAUUGGUAAUUUGGUAAAAUAUGGAUUGGACUGGUAAACUAACUUGAUUAUUCUUAGCAGCCCUGCAUAGAGAAUGAAUAUGUACCUGUAUUUACAUAAAAUUUGUGAUAACUUCCGAAUCAAAAUGGUAGAGGUGUCAAAUGAAAAUAAAGCGGAAAAUCUCAAGAAAUUAGCUUGAGUCUUGUCUUGAACGGCAACACGAUAAGACAGAAUCAAUUUCUGACAACCUUUUUCAAAGUACAGUCAAGUCCCGUUAAUCCAGCACAGUUGGUUGCAUAUAAUUAGGUCGGAUUAACAAGUAUGUCGGAUAAAUGAAAUUAAGUUGUAUCAACUUUUGUGAUCGAAAAUCAGACAUCUUCACGAUAGAUAGGAACUAUGUAAUAAAAUCAUGUUUGUCUUGACAAAAACAUGAAACUAUGUUCGUUAAGUAAGAUAUAUAUUCUUGACCUUUUUGGGUGUCAGUUUGUUGUAUUGCUUGGUUUACAGAUCCUCAUCAAACUUUGGGGGCUGUUGGGUAGCCAAGUGGUUAAAGCGUCCGCUUGUCACACCGAAGAAUCGGAUUCGAUUCCCGACAUGGGUACAAUGUGUGAAGCCCAUCCUUGGGCAAGCCAGAAACCUAUGAUUGUGGGUUUGAAUCCCUGUUUGCCCCGAUUAUGUUUCUAGGUUUGUCAGCACCAUACCUGUGCUCAUGGGUAUCACCGAAGUGGUAAACGUCUGAGACCUACAUCACUUCGGGCUUUCCUCUCACAUGUAGCUGACACGCUGCGAUAUAACUGUAAUACUGUUAAAAGCGGAGUUAAACCCAACUCACUCUCUCAUUCAGAGCACGGAUAAGAAAAUCUUGUAAAAUAUACUACACAACGUUUGACAGAGAUAAUCUGAUAUGUCUUUCCAUUUAGAAGUGACAUAGUUUUGUGUCUUGGAAACAUAACAAAAUGUCCCUAUCAUGAGUGGAGUCGUAUAUAAUUAACAUUCGGUGUGGAAAACAAAAACCUAUUUUCACAUCCACACUGGUUUUGUAGGGGCAAGAUUCCACAUUUCACAGACAGUGAAAGAAAUAUUUUUUUAAUUUUUCACAUCCACAGUGAAUCUCACACCAAAUGCUCAAAACAUCAAUCCUUAUUUACUCCAUCACUUAAAACUAAUAAAUAAAUAAAUGAAUUAAUAGAUUUAUUAACAAAGUUAGAAGUUUUGAAAAUUUUGCUAGGCUUUUUGUCGCAUAUAUAUUCUUAGAGAUUUAAUAAAAUGAAUAAUUUUCCUACACUUUUAGUUAGUAAUGACAUGCUUUAAUUUUACACAUAUUAUUCCUACAGUUUGUCUCUGUGAUAGAUCACGCAUAUAGGAGCAGUGCUCAGCAUUAAAUCAGAAUUGUGAUUCUAUAGAUUCUAUUAAAAUUAUUAAUUAAUGUAGAGCAAAUGUGAUAGCAUUUUCAUAUCACAGUUAAGAAAGUGCUGAAUAUUUUGUUGCUGAUGACCAUGGUUAAAUGGUUAUUGUUAAUAUACAUGUAUUUAUAAUGAAAAAACAAAUAAAAUAUUGAAAGGAA